AUGUUUUCAAAGUUUUUAGCUGGCAUCGCAGAAUCAUUUGGUUAUCAAAAUAACAAUGAAACUUCUGAGUCAUCGAAUAAGACUUCUGAAAUAACCUAAUCAAUAGAUCAAUCAAAGGUUCCUGCUAAUCAGUUAAAACUAAUUCAUAAAAAGGUAGAAGAGAAAAAUCAAAGAAUCAGUUUAAUGUAAUCAUCAACUGCUGCCAAUACAGAUAAAAAACAUUAGAGGAAUAUAAAAAAAAAUAGUCCUCAAAGAAAAUAGCAAACUCAUACAAGUAAUUCCAAAAAUUAACCGUAGGCAUAAUUAUUUAAAUAGACUUCAAGCAAUAUAAUGCAGAAAUCAAGUAGCUAGAGUUGGAUUAACAACAGUGGAUCUAAUUUCUUAUCUUAUAAAAAUGACAAGAUUUAAGCUGAUAAAUAGUAAAACAAAGAUGAGGAGAUAAAUAGAUGUUUAUCACCUCGAUAGAUGACCAAAUAAAUAUGUCCAGCAAUGACUCAGUCUUGUAAAAGGUUGCCUCCAAUGUCGUUCAUAAACUCUAGACUACUUGAAUAAGUUGAGGAGCAUUCAACCAAUAGUAACGAAGAGGAUAUUCCAAGUGAAAGUCAAAUUUUAAUAGUACACAACAUUGAUAAUAGGCUAUAGAGUGAUGUACUUGAGGAGACCAUUUAGGAAAUUUACAGUCAAAAGCAUAUAAACUUAGAUUAUAGUAAAAUUUCAUAGGCUUAAUAACUGAAAUCCAAGCGAGACAGUUUGCUUUCAAGAUUCUCUAAUAAAUUAACAAAUAAGUAGGAGUAAUUAUCAGCAUAAGGGACAGAAAAGACGUCUCUCAACUCAUUCACAAAAAAUUAAAAUGAUGGUAUUAAUUAAAUAUUUGUGAUAGAAAAAAGCAAGCAGGCAACUGCAACUACUACACCUUUGAAAAAUCCACUUGACAACAACAUAAUUAAGGCUAUGAGAUAUGAAAACUCUAACAAAGAAACUUCUGCCCUGAAGAUAUCAACAUAAAUUAACAUGCGAAACUCCAGAGAAACGGAGAAUGCCCUCAAAAUUAAUUAAUCAGACUUAUUUCAAAAUGUUCACUAUUAACUAACUCCUAAUAAAGAAGUAAUAAAUGAAAAUAGUAGUGACGGUGGAACAUUUUUCCCCUCAAAUCAGAGUAACUUCAAUUAUUAACCAAAGUUUUUCAGGCCCUCUCAAACUAAUGGAAGCUAAUCCUAAUCGAUGCAGCGAAAAGGCUCGAUUAGUAAUUAAACACUAAACAAUAAUUUUACUAAUUCAACGUUUUAAAAUGAUAAAAUGAGUUUCAAUUAGAGCCCUUUGCUAAAGACUUAGAUCAGCUAGCCAACUUUGAUAAGUAUUCAAGAGAAAUUUUAGAUCAAUCCAUUUAAUCUUGAUGGGGAUGAAUAGACUGACCAAAAGUAGAGUGUUUAAACUCCUAAAAAUCAAAUAUAAAUGAAAAUGGCUAUCAAAAGAGCUACAGUCCACUUAAAAGGGUAUAAUGCUCAUACUAAUGGACUGAAGAGUGAAGGUUCAGGAGGUGCUGAAAGAAGAUUUACUAAAAAAUCUGCACCAAUGAAGAAAAAGAGUAGUAGAGUUAUUUAAGCUAAGUGA